AUGAGUUACAUCCAGAGGCCCUUCGGACUUGCGGCGCCUCCGCGAGCCCCUGUCGGGGGCCGGCCCCCAGGCCGGGGCACGGAGCGCGGCCGCAGGCGGGCUGGCGCCACGAUUGGCCGCGGCGGGCAGCGCUCGGUGGGCGAGCCCGGCCCGCGGGGCGGAAAGGAAGUGGCGGCCACGGCCGCGCACCAACCACGUUCGGCCGGCGGGCGAAUGCCACUCGGCGCCCAGAGCGAGCCGAGGCGGGUCAGGCCCAGCGCGCCAGGCCGGCCCGGGGGCGCCUGCGGGGACCCGGAGGCGCCCGGCGCUAGGCCGCGGCCGGGGCGGAUGACCCCCCUCCGCGCGGCGCCCUCCCGGGACGCGCCGCCGGAGCCCCCCCGCGCGCCUGGACAAGUGCGGCGACAAAGCCCCGGGGCCGGGCCGGACGCUGGCCGGCGGGAAGGAGGUCGCGGCGUCCCUCCGGAGCGGCGGUGGCGGCAGCGGCCCAGCUCCCAGGAAGCCGGGCGUGCCGGCCAGGCCCGGCGCCCACCCCCGCUCGGAGCCCGCCCGCCGCCUCCGGCCGCUGGCACCCGACGCCCGCGACCGUUCCCCGAGUCCCGCGAGCGGACGAGCCCCGGGCCCGCCGCGGGGCGCCCCCACCAAGUUUCCUCCGGCCGCGGCGCGAGGCGCCUCUCCCGGCCGGGGCGCCGGGCGCGGGGCGCAGGCAGCCGGGCGGACGGCGGGCUCCGGCUUCUUUACGCAGGAGCUGCCGGGAGAGAGGCGCCGCCGCCGGACCCCGAGAAGGACCCGCUCCCCUCCUUCGGAUCCGGUGGCCACGGCCCUCAGCAGCCCCAGUAG